AUGGCUGCACGCCACUUCCUGAGGAACCCGAAGGACUUGCAGGACUACGGCUCGUGGGCCGUUGUCACCGGCACCACCGACGGCAUCAGGAAAGCCCUGGUCUUCGAGCUCGCCUCCAAGGGCCUCAACCUUGGGCUCAUUGGCUGGAACCCCAGCAAACUCGAAGCCACCUCGAGUGAGCUGAGGGAUAGAUUCGGAGCAACCACCGAGGUCAAGACUGGGGUUGCGGACCUCACGAAGCUGAGCGGAGAGGAGAUAGCGGCAGCCAUUGCGGGAGCCACGGAAGGGAUCGACGUCAGGUUGCUCGUCAACGACGCGGGGUUGGCUUAUCCGUACCCGAGUUGCUUUCACGAGGUGGAUCGAGAGUUGAUGGAGAGCAUGUUGAGAGUGAACGUCAACGCAGCGUUGUGGGCGACGAAGGGAGUGAUCGAUGGAAUGUUGAAGAGGAAGAGAGGAGCGAUCUUGAACAGUGGUUCUGGUUCCUCAGUGUGUAUCCCUUCGUUUCCUCUUCUGACCUUGUAUGCCUCCACCAAAGCCUAUAUCAGGAUUGUAGCUAUUUACAAAUUUGACAGGGUAAACAACGUGAUGGACUACAAGUAG